UUCCCAUGGCCCAGCUCUGGCGUCCAACCUGCUGCCGCCGCGGCCCGGCCGAGCGGAGAGCACCACACGCAGAGCACACGCUCGCGCUCAGCUCCCCUCCGGGGCGGUUCAUGAGCGCGCGCUCCGACCGCAGCCUCCGCGAGCUCGCGCCGCACCGCCGCGGCCCGCCGUCGCCAGGGCCCCCCGGGGGAAGGAAGGCAGGAAGGCCGGCGCGGCCGUGCGCCCCGUGGAGCCCGCCACCCCUGUCCGCAGCCGGCUGCCCGGCCCGCCUGGCACCAUGCUGCCCGCGCGCUGCGCCCGCCUGCUCGCGCCCCACUUGCUGCUCGUGCUGGUGCAGCUGUCCCCGACUCGCGGCCACCGCACCACGGGCCCCAGGUUUCUUAUAAGUGACCGUGACCCCCAGUGCAACCUCCACUGCUCCAGGACUCAACCCAAACCUAUCUGUGCCUCUGACGGCAGGUCCUACGAGUCCAUGUGUGAGUACCAGAGAGCCAAGUGCCGAGACCCAACCCUGGGUGUGGUACAUCGAGGUAGAUGCAAAGACGCUGGCCAGAGCAAGUGUCGCCUGGAGCGGGCUCAGGCCCUCGAGCAAGCCAAGAAGCCCCAGGAGGCGGUGUUUGUCCCGGAGUGCAACGAGGAUGGCUCCUUUACCCAGGUGCAGUGCCAUACUUACACGGGGUACUGCUGGUGUGUCACCCCAGAUGGGAAGCCCAUCAGUGGCUCUUCUGUGCAGAAUAAAACUCCUGUAUGUUCAGGUUCAGUCACCGAUAAGCCCGUGAGCCAGGGUAACUCAGGAAGGAAAGUCUCUUUUCGAUUCUUUUUAACCCUCAAUUCAGAUGACGGGUCUAAGCCGACACCCACGAUGGAGACCCAGCCGGUGUUCGAUGGAGAUGAAAUCACAGCUCCCACUCUCUGGAUUAAGCACUUGGUAAUCAAGGACUCCAAACUGAACAAUACCAAUGUAAGAAAUUCAGAGAAAGUUCACUCUUGUGACCAGGAGAGACAGAGCGCCCUGGAAGAGGCCCGGCAGAAUCCCCGCGAGGGCAUUGUCAUCCCCGAGUGUGCCCCAGGGGGGCUCUAUAAGCCAGUGCAGUGCCACCAAUCCACUGGCUACUGCUGGUGUGUGCUGGUGGACACGGGGCGUCCGCUGCCCGGGACCUCCACACGCUACGUGAUGCCCAGUUGUGAGAGCGACGCCAGGGCCAAGAGUGCGGAGGUGGACGACCCCUUCAAGGACAGGGAGCUGCCAGGCUGUCCAGAAGGGAAGAAAAUGGAAUUUAUCACCAGCCUACUGGAUGCUCUCACCACUGAUAUGGUGCAGGCCAUUAACUCAGCAGCACCCACUGGAGGUGGGAGGUUCUCAGAGCCAGACCCCAGCCACACCCUGGAGGAGCGAGUGGUGCACUGGUACUUCAGCCAGCUGGACAGCAACAGCAGCGACGACAUUAACAAGAGGGAAAUGAAGCCCUUCAAGCGCUACGUGAAGAAGAAAGCCAAACCCAAGAAAUGCGCCCGGCGUUUCACUGACUACUGUGACCUGAACAAGGACAAGGUCAUCUCACUUGCCGAGCUGAAGGGCUGCCUGGGUGUCAGCAAAGAAGUAGGACGCCUCAUCUAAGGAGCAGAAAACCAAAGGGCAAGUGGAGAGACCAGGGAGGCAGGAUGGAUCACCAGACACCUGACCUUGGACGCUGCCCACAGCCCAGCCACGUCCCAUGUAACAUGAGUGAUGCCCACCGUGUUUGCACUUUUAAUAACUCUUACUUGUGUGUUUUCUUUUUGGUUUCAUUUUUAAACACCAAUAUCUAAUACCACGGUGGGAAAAGGAAAGGGAAGAAAGACUGUUCGUUCUCUUUUAUUGUUAAGGUUUUGGAUCUGCUACUGACAACUUUUAGGGUUCUGAGGGGGUGAGGGUCUUGUUGGGACUGAGAAGAAAGAGAUUUAUAUACUGUAUAUAAAUAUAUAUGUAAAUUGUAUAGUUCUUUUGUACAGCCAUUGGCACUGCUGUCUGUUUAUUCCCCUCCCUGUUCCUGCUCUGGGUUGUGAGGGCUCUGGACCCACGGCCCAGCUUUCUGGACCCCAGAACUCCAUCCCCAGCCCGCUUGGAUUCUGUUUGGAGAACGACCCCUGUGGUUAGAGCGCAGACUCCAUUAGUUCUUUUCUAGUGGGAGGAGGGCACCGCCUCUUGCUGUGUCUGUCAGAGCUGGCAAGUCACUUGACGGUUGACCUUCUCAAGGGAGGCUGGGUGUGGGACAAUGUGAGGGGCCCCUGAAGGGAGGGCUCCCGUGCCCAUGUGUUCCUGCCAUCCGGAUCCCCAAGUGGCCCUGACCCCGUGGGUGCACAGUGUCCUGGUGGCCCACUGAGCAAAUUGUCCUCCAAGGAUUUGCGUUAGGGUCAGUUGAAACAUUUCCACCCAUGUUUAGCAUCUCCUCCACGUAAAGCAUGAGAAGGGAGCCAAAGAAGGAAAAGACACACAGAGGGGCCUUUUAUUUAGUAGCUGUUUAGUAUCUGAGCAGUGCAGGGAAGUGGACAGAAGGCCUGCCCUGGUGAGUGCAGUACCCACAGGAGGCUUCUCACCUCCUGCAAACCCAUGAAUGAGGUUUCCCGAGACAGCUCCCAGGGCCAAGGUCAGACUAGGCUUUUACUUCCACUCCCCUCUAUCUCCCCUUGCCAUCCUCUGGUCAUCAUAAGCCUGAGGGAAGAGUUGUGUUGGCCACCUUGUGGGAAACUCAGCCUUUUUUCUUUUUAAACUCAGUACUGAGGUUCUUCCUGUUCCCUUAAAUGCUCUUAAAGGCUUCCAGGCUUGAGGCCAGUUCCAGAGCAAAGCUCAUCCUGGGCCUCCCACUUCUGCCUCGCCUAGAAGUGCAGAGAUAAUAACCCAGCUAUGGGGAAAUCCAGGCCUAGCUUUCCACAGACGUUUUACUGUGAUUCCAGUGUGGAUUCCAAUGUGCUGGGCAGCCUUCAGGUCAGAUGCCAGCUUCUUCUGCCCGGGUGACCAUGCCUAUCUGACAGUCAUCAAAGAGCAACACGUGGCACUUAGCACCCCUGCCAUGAGCAGGCGUGGCAGCAGUGAGGGAGGGUGGGUAGUAGCCCAGGACUGGUGCCCCUAUGGAUUGCUUUUGGAAAUCUGGCCACAUCUCGUGCAUCUCGUACCCCAUCCCGGUAUCCCAUCAUCUGACUGGAGAAGGUUCUUGCUGUCUGGAUGAAAGUCCCAGAGGUUGCGUUAGGGUGACUGGAGGCCCCAUCCCAACACGGUAAGGUGGAAGGGGAGCCCUAGCCCAUUAGUUUGGACCAGAAAGCUCAGCGUGCUGGAACCGGAUGGACUUUCCAGGAGACCCCAGUCCCCUACUCUGGCCAGGAGGAAGCACCUCCUUGUAGAAAGUCAGACUCUCCCCUGGGCAUCUUCUCUCUCACACAUAUGUGGAGGCUGUGUUCUGUGGUUUUCCUUUGUGAGGAGGGAGGGAGACUAUUUGUAGCUUGUUUUAUAAAAAAUAAAAAUGAGUCAAUCUUGGUGGC